ACUCGCACGAAGCAAAGAUGGACCUCGUGGAUGCGAAUGCGGAAGACUUCUUCGCAUCGCUGAAUGCAGGGAGUGCGUCUGCCUUCUUCCAUAAACCAGUAGAGGAGCCGGUGGCGAAGAAGCCCAAGGCCUCAGCAGUCGUCACGACGGCGACAGCCAUGAAGUAUGACAUGUCGGCACAACCGAAAACGCCAGGGCCAGCACGCGUGACAGUGUCCACGGUGCUGGAUCCAAAGGAACCGCAGCUGCCCAUGGAAGAACGCAUCGCGAACCUUCUUGUGCCGGACAUGAAAGUCGGCGAUGUGAUCCAACUGAUCAAGAAGAUGAAGCAAUCGGGCAAGUCGGACGCAGACGAGUUUUCCGAGCUCGACGCGGAAAUGAACUCGGCGCCGCGCUUCGUGUGCGAAGUGUGCGGGAAUACCGAGCAGCACAACUACAUCACGGACUACGCCCGAGGGGACACCGUGUGCAUGGGUCCCGACGGCAAAGGCUGUGGGAACGUCGUGCAAGACCACAUUGUCCACGAAGGCAGCGCGUAUCGCAAGUUUGAAGGCGAGGAGGACAAGAGUCACCACGGCCCCGCGCCCAACAAGUUGUUCUCCAUGGGCCACAACCUCCGCACCAUGAUCUCGCAGGACGGCGAGCAGUCGGCAAAUCUUCGACGCGCGUCCGAGUUUGUCGAAAUGAACUUGAGUCAGAUGGGCAAGGACGAGCGGCGGACGCGCAUUGGGUACAAGGAUCAGAUGAAACAAAAAGCGUGUCGACUGAUCGACCACACCGGCGCCAACUUGGACUUGCAUGAGAUCGUGUGCAACCGCGCCAAGAAGAUGUUUGCCGAGUUCCGCGACCUCCGAGAGCAUGUGCACCAGUUUGAAGCGGUGGUCGCGGGGUGUAUCAUCGACUCGUACAUGACGACGGGCAAGGAGAUGUACCAGGCGCAGACGUCGAUCAAGAUUGGCAAGUUCAAGCAGGCCGGGAUCGCGCAACUGACGCUCGCGCCCAACAAGGCUGUGGACGAGAAGAAGCUGCACCCGUUUCACUGCAAAGCGUGCGGACUCACGUUCAAUGCCAAACGCGCGCUGCAGUUUCACACGUGUGAGGUCAAGGGCGGCGCCGGCGGCAACGGGGCCGUGGCGUCGACGGUGGACGACCUGCCGCCGCUCCACGGACCGGACGAGUCGGCGGCGCCCGUGCGCGACGUCCGCGACGGCAAAGAGUGGUUCCAGUGCCCCGUGUGUCCGCGCAAGUACGAGCGGCGCGAGGCGGCUGUCGAGCACAUGAUGCGACACAAGAAGCAGAGCGAGAAGCGCAAACUGCACAUUGAGACGGCGACGAUGGACUCGACGCGGUUUCAAAAGACCAACUCACUCGCGAGUGCCAACCCAAGUGUCCAAGUAAACACGCACGAGCAGGUGCUGUUCCGAGGCCAGGGGCGCCGGCCGUGGCUGCAGAGCAAACUCCAGGAACAGCAGCAGCAACUGUUACAAAGGCGCGACCACGACUCCAAACACGACUAACACUACGAAUGACACCACUACAACUUCAAUGUCUCAGGCUACGACGUACUACAGUAGUACUUACUAGUAGUAGUACGUACUAGUGGGGUGCUAGUACUACUGUAGUAGUAGUACGUAGUGGUGUGCUACUGUAGUACUGUAUUUACUUAACGUUUGGUUUAACCCGAUAUACCAGUACCA